GACACAACCGUAGACCCGCUACGAGCCGCCGCACAAAUUUCACGGAACUUUUCACACUUUUUCUAACUAUUUUGUUACGAAUAAUUUGCAAAACUUUUAAUGGAUGUGAUGUGUGUACCGCUGUAAGUAUGGCGCCGUUACGUUUGCCAUCGAGUGAUUUUUACACGGAGGACUUUUUGAACUUUUCGACACAAAAUCCUGGGCACGAGACGCGGCAUCAUUGGCGGCACCACAAUCGGUCGCACACGCGCGAGCAUAAAAACCACGUCGUGGAUCUGCUGUCGAAUUCCCUGAUGGACGUGAUGAACACGAGGCUGGUGCCUGACAACAGCGUGCUGCCCGACCUGGAGCCGCUGUCCACUCACAUGGAGAUGGACGACGGCCAGUACCCGUUGAGGGUGAAUGCUACCUUUAACAGGUCGGACCUGGGAGGGCUCAGUGAGGAGUUCAUGUACCGUCACAGCGGCGCGAUGACGGCGGUGUACUGCGUGGCGUACCUGCUCGUGUUCGUGGUGGGCCUGGUGGGCAACUGUUUUGUUAUCGCUGUGGUGUACCGCUCGCCGAGGAUGCGAACUGUUACGAACUACUUCAUAGUGAAUCUCGCUGUUGCUGACAUUUUGGUGAUCGUGUUUUGUCUACCCGCCACACUGAUGUCCAACAUAUUUGUCCGUGAGUACACUUUAUAUUUAUUUGGAUAUGAAAAAAUUACUACGGUGCAUCAUAUGAGCGCCUUCAAUUUGCAAUGUCUGAAAAGGACUACUAAGUCCUAA